UGUGGAACACGUGUAGUUAGUGUUUUGACCAAUCAGUUGUAGAGGCUCGAGAAGGGUAUAAAUGUGAUGCAGUUGCCGUAGGGACGUCUGCUACUGAAGAGUUGAACGCAAGAGCCCUUGAUAUCUCGUAAGGAAAACGUGUGAUGAAAACCAAGGCCGCAAAGCAUUCUACAGACUGUUUCCCCUUUCAUGGCCUUUAGACAAAACAAUGUCUGGUGUAAAAGUCUGUCCCACUGUGAGUGGAAACCCCCCUCCGCCGGAGGUCAUAAAUCCUAAGAGCCCUGGACGUGUAACAAAUCAACUACAGUACCUGGAGAAGGUGGCAAUCAAAGCUUUAUGGAAGCAUAACUUUUCAUGGCCCUUCCGCCAGCCUGUUGAUGCAGUGGCACUGUGUCUCCCCGAUUAUUAUACAAUUAUUACAAAGCCUAUGGAUCUGACCACUAUUGAGAAGCGUCUUCAGAACAAAUACUACUGGCAAGCACUUCACUGUAUACAAGACUUCAAGACCAUGUUCAACAACUGCUAUGUGUACAAUCGGCCUGGAGAUGACAUUGUGUAUAUGGCACAGACCCUAGAGAAGCUUUUUUUGCAGAAACUGUCCCAAAUGCCUAAGGAAGAGUGUGACGUUACAGCAGUCACUUCAGAGGAACCAGUUAAAGGGAGAAAGACAAAUACAGGUGCAAUAAAGCACAGAGCGCUUCUGUCAGAAGUUGUUCUCCAGCAGACUGUGACAGUCAUUCCUCCUGAUGUGCCUCACUUCAUCCCGCCCAUCCAGCUCUCUGCACAAAUUGAUGCAACAAUUAAAAAAGGUUUUAAGAGGAAAGCAGGCCCCACAUCCUCCAACACCUUCGUCAUCAGCAGUAGGGAGGUAUCCCUUGCUGAGGAACAUUCAGCACCAUGUACAUUAUUGUCCAGGAGAGGCAGUGGAAGGCCCAUUAAACCUCCAAAGAAAGACUUGCCCACCUCUGAGGGCAAGAAGGUCAGAAUGUCUGAGCAGCUCAGGUACUGUCAUGAUAUCCUGAAGGAGAUGCUGUCAAAGAGACACUAUGCAUAUGCAUGGCCCUUUUAUACCCCUGUUGAUUCAGUUGUUUUGGGCUUGCACGACUACCAUGACAUCAUCAAGCAGCCGAUGGACCUGAACACCAUCAGGAAAAAAAUGGAUCAACGAGAGUAUGUAAAUGCAAAGGAAGUUGCCGCUGAUGUCCGAUUGAUGUUCUCCAACUGUUACAAAUACAAUCCACCUUCGCACGAGGUGGUCUACAUGGCAAGAAAACUCCAGGAAGUUUUUGAGGCACGAUAUUUGAAGGUUCCCCAGGGAACAGAUGUUUGUUCCAUACCUAAUCGGCGACUUGACAAGGGAAUAGGAGACAGAGUUGGAAGUGUGUCAACCUCAGCCAGUUCUGAAAGUGAAAGCUCCUCAGAGGCAGAGGGUUCAUCAGAAGUGGUGUCCGUUCAGCUGGCCAAUCUAGAGGAACGGUUGAAAGCUGUCCGUGAUGAGCUGAAGAGACUUACCCAAGAGCCCAUGACGAAACCUAAGAAGAAAGCAAAGUUGAAAAAAGAAAAAAGAGCCAAAGAAAAGGAUAUCGCUAGACUAAAGCACAAAUCCUCAAAAUACAAAUCUAUUGUAGGAAAAAUGGCCAACCACAAGAGCUCUACUAUGCAUGGCAACAGACACAAUAUUAAUGGAAUUCCUGUAACGUGUGAGGAUGAGGUCCCAUCAAUGCCAGUGACUUACCAGGAGAAAAAGCAGUUGAAAUUAGACAUCGACAAGCUGCCUGGUGACAAGCUGGGCAAGUUGGUGAACAUCAUUCAUGCCAGGGAGUCCUGCCUGCGAGAUUCCACUCUAGAGGAGAUUGAGGUUGACUUUGAAAUGCUCAAGCCUUCCACACUGAGAGCCCUGCAGAGGUUUGUUGCAGCAUGUUUGAGGAAAUGCAACAGGAAAGCUCGUAAAACAAAGCUGGCCACAGCAGGAAUGCAGACUGGGAAACUAAAGAAUGUCGUUGCAUCUCAGGUUGCCAUUAAAGAGCAGCACUUGAUUAUAAAUAAAAAGCCAUUGGCUAAAGUCAUGGCGGCUCCUGUCCUCAGCUUCCUUCCACGCCUCAGUGAAAGCAGCAGCAGCAGCUCAUCAUCCAGCUCUGGCAGCAGCAGUCAUUCUAGCACUAGCAGUGAUAACAGUGACUCUGAAUCAGUGCCAAAAACAAAGAAGCAGAAAAGUAAAGACUCUGGCCAAAAGGUUAAGAUGAAGUCUAAGGUGACUCUUACUGCCUGUGGCAAGCAGAUGUCUGAGACAAAAAAAUUGACAAAAGCCUCAGUCAAGCCUUGUCCGCCUCUUCCCGUGCAGUCCCCGGUAGCAGAAUUCAAAGGCCAUUCAACACAUCUUAAUGCAGACCAGAUCUGUGAUGAGCUGAUGUUGUCUCCUCCAGAUUUGUCUGCCCUUUUAUCCCCCAUGGCAUCUCCAGGAGUGUUGCUGGACUGGGCUACAACCAGAUUUGAGCCGGUCCCGGUGCUGUCCCCUCUGACAGACAGCCCACUGCUGUCCAAAGAUGAGGCCACGUGCAAUUUCAGAUACCCUGAGGAUUUUCCUGAUGGUCUGCUGACAAAUGUGCCUGACGCCAACACAUCAAGCGCAUCUGUUGAAGAGGGAAAAAAACAAAUUCCCAAAAAGGUGAUUUGUCUUGUUCAGGACAUAGUUCUGAAAAAUGCUGAGUCAUGGGCGAAACUGGUGAAGCAGUCCGUCACUACUACUGCAAUCAAGUCCUCAAAGGAGAGCUUCCAGCAGUUCCGUGAGGCUGCCCAAAAAAAAGAACGUGAAAAAGCACUGAAGAAGAAGCAGACUGAAGACGGCAAGGAGAGGGAGGCUCCUGAAAAGAGCAGCUUACCAGGCCCAUGUGAAGCAGAAACAAAUCCACAACCUAUUAAGGAGGAACCUGAUUCACCAGAGAGCAUUUGUACAGAAACUUCCCAAGACACUCCUAAAGAUGUUGAGCCGCAAAAGCCAAAGUCUCCCAUAGAAAUACAACCUCUAACCACACAGUCUCCAGUGGAUAGGGAAAGAGAGCUGGCUCGCAGAAAGGAGCAAGAGCGUCGCAGGCGGGAGGCCAUGUCUGGUAUUGACAUGUCUAUGCAGCGGGACAUCAUGACGUCAUUUGAACUUGCUCUGGACUAAAAAGAAACUGGGAUUUACUUGGGGGAAAGAAUAUCCCUCUGUGCCAGACUUCUGUGAAUAACUCAAGGUGGUGGUUCUUUCUCAGGCACAAAAAACAACCUCACAUCAACCAUUCUUUAGGCUAGAAGAAAAAAAAGUUAUUUGUGAAAAAAGCAUUUAAUAAAAUAUAAAUGGGUCUUGCCCUUUAAUUUGUAUUUGAAACAAAUGCUAAAGUUGCUAAAUGUCUGUACCUACGCACUGAUGAUGAUGAUGAUGAUGAUGAUGAUGAUGGGGGGGGUGCACUGUCAAAAUUCAAUAUUUUGUGCGUGUUUUUCUGUUCUUUUCACAUUUGGAUGAGUCUUCCUUCAGCUGACAGUUGUGUAUGACAAGCUAAUUCAUGCAUGCAUACACUGGUUCAAAUGCCACCUUGUCUUGUUUGCUGAAAUGUGUAGUGUUAUUUAUUUCUUCUGUUAUGUUAUUCAAUUUGAUGAACCCGUGCCACCAUUUUUCAGUUGAUCCUGACUCAAAUAUACUAAAUGUAGACCAAAUGCUGUUUGUUACAUGCACGCAUGACUUUCUAUUCUUGCACAAUAGUACAUUUUGAAGAAAGGUUGGCAGAUCCUUGUCAAAGUUUCCAAUGUUGAAUUGAAGUUAAUAAUCUCAGUUCCUUAUCUGUAUUACUUGAAAAUACCAUACAUUGUGUUAACUUUACACACUGCACUUGUUGUUCAUACAGUUCUGACUGAUCCAAAGUUGCUUUUGAAGAUUAUCAAAAUGUUCUGUAUGUUAGUUUGUAUAAGCUAAAUAAAUAAGAGUUUCUUUCUUCUGUU